AUGACACAAAUUGUUUCAUCAAAACCUUUUUGUCUUGAAAAUUCUACUCAAUUAACUCGACCUGCUUCCGAUGCAUUCUAUCGUAUUGAUGGUAGUAAUGAACCGACAAUCAUUGAUAAACAUCAAGCAAAACGUCUCUAUCGUCUUCAAAGAACACCAAAUGUAAAUACUCAUCUUCAUUUGGAUAGUUCUGAUGUUGGUUAUGAAACACAAGGAUAUUUUGAAAAUAUUGUGCGUAAACAAGUUGAAGAAAGUUCUACACAACCAAUAAAAUCAGUAUAUCAUCCACCAACAGAUAUGUCGAAUAUAUCAAUGAAAAAAUUUUCACUUGGAAAAGCUCGUCUUGAUCCUCAACAUAUUAUACCAAGUAAAAUGACAACAAUACGUGAUCAUCCAACUGCUAUUACGAUACUUCGACAUGAACAAGGUCCAAGUGGUGAAAUUGUACCACGUUUUACUCAUCGAUUAGUUUUAGAUGGACCACUUCGUGGUCGAUUAGGUCCAGGAGGUACUUUAAAUUCUGAAGAAGAUUGUAAAGAAGCUGAAAAUUAUCUUCGAAGUCAAGGUCGUUUAUCAGCACCUUCAACUCUAACUUAUAAUCCAAGUACACAACAACAAUAUGUUAGUACGCAAAUGAAACGUGAUGAACUUGCUCGUCAUUUUAUGUACACAUCAACUCAACAAGCUGCUUUUGAUGAAGUACCAUGGGAUUCUAAAUUACCAUCUAAAUUAUCUGUUCCAUUAACAACGUAUGAAGCUAAUGGAAGUGAUCCUGUAUUAAAAUCUAAACAUUUAACAUCACUUCAUGAUGCUCGUACACGUAAAAUUCUUGAAUGGGAUCGUAUACAAUUACGAAAUACUAAUUUCUAUCGAAAACCUAUUGAUAAUGUUGCACCAUUACCACGUGCACAACAAAUAUCUGGUUAUUCAGGUUCAAUUGGUGGCUAUCAUAUACAAGACAUUGAUAAUCCAACAGUUGAUUUUAAACCAUAUACUGUAGUACGUAGUGAACAACCGAAAUUUGGUAUUAAUCCAUUUAAAACAAAUAUUCCUUUCUAUACUGGACAAACACAUUGGACAAAAGUUGAUCCUGUAUCACAUUAUGAUAAAGAAGGUCGUGCUUAUACAACAACUGCAGCAUUUCAUAAGCCACUUCAAAUUGAUUAUGCAUCCUACCGUCAUUCUGGUUUAAAUGGACAAUUAUCACGAGCUGUAACAACUGUUAUACCACAAAAUCCAUUUAAUCAAAUGAAUAUUAAUAGUACAACGGUAAAUGCAUCAUUAGAUAGUCGUCCACAUAUAUUAAUUCAAAAUUUACCAAGUGGUGUAUCAUCAACAAUGAAAGAUAAUAAAAAUGAUGAGAAAAAAGAAGAAAAAACUGAUAAUAAUCAAAUUCAAAAUUAA